AUAUAUAUAUUACUUCUUAUCAUUGGAAAAUGUUGUAUUUUGUGUGUUUUGAAAUUACUUGCAAAUCCAAUGUGUAAAUUAAUGAUGUGUAUUUUUGGGUAUUUUGUGUGUAUAUUUGGGUAUUAUGAUGUAGUUUUAGGUGUCUAGGUGUUGUCAUGUGUGUAUUUAUGUGUAUUUGAUUUAUUGCUUGUAAAAAGACAUAAAAUAACAUAACUCUUAAUAACGUUAUUUCAAUUGGUUAUUUUAUGUUAUUUUUACUAUGUUGUGUCACGAUUAUCAUAUUUUAAUUGGUUCGUUUUGUGUCAAUGUAAAAAAACAAGUUAUCGUAUUAUGUCGUGUAAGACUAAAACACGACAUGACACCCCAAUUUGAUAGCACUAAUUGAGGAAAACGAUUCUCAAAAAGAAAACAAUUUACUAACUUAGACAAUUCAACAUUACUUUUUUAAUUAGGAAAAGUAGUUUUAACCCAAAAUAGCAACAUACAUAUAACUUUAAAUCAAAACAAAAACAUACUUAUAUUUGAAGUCAAAAAAACAAAUUGCCUCUACAAACUAAUUUUCGUAAAAACUAUUCACACCCAUCACUUGGCGCGGGUAAACGGCUAGUAUAUAUAUAUAUAUAUAUAUAUAUAUAUAUAUAUAUAUAUAUAUAUAUAUAUAUAUAUAUAUAUAUGGAUUUUUGUGGGUUUUGUGUGUGAGUUUGUCCGUGUGAGGCUGUUUGUGUUUGUGUGUGUGCGCCACAGAGUACAAGGCUCUCAAAACCAAAACAUUGAAGUUGUGUUCACAGUAAAGAAGCAAACAGGAAAUUUAAGCUGAAUGGAAAGUGUGGUUGUGAAGAUCAGAUCAGCAGAUAUAAUUGGGCAAACUGUGAAACUUCUACUUGAUUGCAAAAAGAAUGAUCAGAAUCAACUUCUUCCAUCAAUUUACAUGGUUCCUAGUUUGUUCCGAGAUCUUAGCCCAAGUUCUUUUUGCCCUCGGGUUGUCUCUAUUGGACCUCUUCACCAUGAAGACCAAAAUUUGAAAGGAUUUGAAGUUCAGAAAGAAACAUUUUUACACGAUCUUUUGGAUCGUUUAGAUUCCAAGCCAGAGAAAACGUUGAAAACAUGUGUUAAGAAGGUGACUGGUUCAUUAGACCGAAUCAGGUCAUGUUAUGUGGGGAUGCAGACCUACGAAGAUGUUGACCUUGCUCGCAUGAUGGUAUUAGAUGGUUGUUUCAUACUCAAUUUUAUUUAUCAUCUUCGGAAAAAAGAUAGACCACUUCUGAAAAACAUGUUGAUUACCCAAUCAAUAAUAUAUGACCUGCUGCUGAUAGAAAACCAAAUCCCUUUCUUUGUUCUUGAAGACAUCUUUGAGUGUACUAUUAUGAAAAUUAAACCACCGAGCUCUCUUACUAAACAUAUUGAAGUACUUCUAAUUUACUACAACAUUUUUGAAGCCGAAUUAGUACUAGACAAUGAAGAGGAAGAACAUACUCAUGAUCAUCUUCUAAGCCUUGUGCACAAGUGUUACCAGCCUAGAAAAGAUAUACCAUCAGAAUUUGAAUCAAUUCCAAAAGGCCACUCGGCUGUGGAACUGGAUAGAGCAGGGGUGAACUUUAGGCCUCAUGAAGAUAACAAUUGGCCAAUGGCGAUGAAACUGAAGUUGCCUAGGUUCUCAUGGUUCCCGUUGUUUUGGUUUAAGCCAACUCUCAAGAUGCCAGUUGUGUGUAUCGAUGAUUUCACUGAAUUGGUUUUGAGGAACCUGAUUAUAUACGAGCAUUCCUCAGAAGUUCCUAAUUAUGUUACAGCAUAUGCAUGUGCCAUGGAUAUGCUAAUCGAUACCCCAGAGGAUGUCGCCAUGUUGGUAAACUCAGAAGUCCUAGUCAAUGAUUUAGGUUCGAAUGAGAAGGCUGCUGAUAUGAUAAACAACAUAUGCAAAGAAGUUCCUAUCGUUGAUUUCUUUUAUUCUCAGCAGUGGAAACAUAUGGAUUCCUAUUAUAAUGGUUAUUGGCCAAAUAUUAUUGCAGUGUUGAGGCGUAAAUAUUUCAGUAGUCCAUGGAAUAUCAUUGCUUUAUUUGCUGGAACUAUUCUAUUUGUUCUUACAGUGGUUCAGACUAUCUAUGGUAUCAAGGCUGCAUAACUUCCUAGUUGCAGUUAAUAAGCUAUUAGAUUUUCACACGUUUACUUCCAUGUACUUUUAUAUUCUUUUCCUCUGUUAUUAUGUCACCAUCUUGAUCAACCAGUGCAUGUAUUGUGUGCCAGCUCCACUAAAUUGUGCUUAUUUUAGCAUCGGCUUUUUGGUUUAUUUUUAUAAAUCUUAUUGCUUUUAAA